AUGCCUCAACCGAACAAAGCCCUCAUCCUCAGCAAAGUCCCCAACGGGGCGCCCGUCCCGGGGACCGACCUCACCGUUGAACAACGGGAGAUUGACCUCGACCAGCAGCUGCCUCCGGACAGCGUCCUCACCAAAAACCUCUACGCCAGUCUGGAUCCCUACAUGCGCGGUCGCAUGCGUGACCCCAGCAUCAAGAGCUACAGCCCCCCUUACCAGGUUGGGGAGCCGAUCACCGCCUACAGCAUUGGGCAAGUGCUUCGGUCGGAGAACCCCAAAUAUAAGAAGGGUGAUAUCAUCUGGUGUAUCCUCAAGAUCGAGGAGUACAGUGUUGUCACCAAGGAGGAGCUGGCAUGGCCGCAGACUCAGAAGAUCGAUGUGAAGCCUGGACUGUCACUGUCGCAUUACGCCGGAAUCCUUGGAAUGACGGGACUGACGGCUUAUUCCAGUCUGUAUGAGAUCGGGCAGCCUAAGAAGGGCGAGACCAUCUUCAUCUCCUCGGCUGCCGGCGCGGUAGGACAGGUGGUCGGCCAGCUGGCGAAACAUGAGGGUUUGAAGGUGAUUGGCAGCGUUGGUGACGAUGAUAAGCUGCGGUUUAUUACUGAGGAGUUGGGCUUUGAUGCGGGAUUCAACUAUAAGAAGGAGAAGCCCGGCGACGCCCUGGCUCGACUGGCACCUAACGGGAUUGACAUCUACUACGAGAACGUUGGUGGCGAGCACCUGGAAGCGGCCCUCAACGCCAUGAAUCCCUUCGGCAGGAUUAUUGCUUGUGGCAUGGUCUCGCAAUACAACUUGAAGCCCGAGGAGGCCUUUGGAGUCAAGAACUUAAUGCUUGUGGUGGGAAAGAGAAUCAGGAUGCAGGGAUUCAUCGUCGGAGACGAGAAUAUGGGGCCGAAGUAUGCGAAGGAGAGAAACGAGCGGGUGUCUGCGUGGCUACUCGACGGCAGUAUCAAGACGAAGGAAGACAUCACGACUGGAAUCGAAAACGGACCCGAAGCCUUGGUCUCGAUGCUUCGUGGCGGGAACCGCGGAAAGGCCAUCUUGAAGAUCGCUGAUCCUGAGUGA